ACAAGAAUUUCUUUAUCUACAAUCGUCUUUAUCAACCCUAAUUUACCCUAUGGCAUCACCGCUAGUAGACCUUCCACCACGACCAGAAAGAGCCCGUGUUAAACACUCGGAGGAAAUCGCUGUGGGAGCGACCGGGUUCCAAUCUGUUCUACACAAUAACCUAAAGAAAUCCAAGGAAAGAAAACGGCAACAGGCUAUGCACGAAGUUUUACAGAAGCCGUCCUUAUCAGAGCCGUCCAACUUGCCCAAAGACUCUAUCUUCACUUACUUCCAGGAGGAAACUGAGAAAAAAGACGGUGCGAGCUGUGUGUUCUUGCUGUGGGGUUCUGAACACUCUGAAAGCUUCAAAACCUGGGCUAUAGACGUUGCAAUUACCGACGUUGAAGAUGAGUAUGAAAUCUUCAAGUCGUUAAAGAAGAAAUAUGAUGAAGAAGUUGGCCUCCUAAAGAGGUGCUUUUCCUUCCGAAAAAUUAGUAGACUUAAGCCCGUCACUUUCCGGUUGAUCUGCCAUCCCUCAAAAAGGUUCUUAGCCUUCGUUGAACCUUUAGACCUAGACAGCUUGUACAAGAGCUACUCUAAGCAGCAGGAAGAAGCAGCGAAAGCUAUUGAAUUGAUAACAGACUUCGAUUCGACCGAUUUUCCGGAUGUCUGCUAUCGCGACAGCUCUGGGAAAUACCAUCAUUGCAACAGUGAUUGCCCAACCAACUCUUCAAAGCUCUCUGGUUAUUCAACCUGUCCUUUCGAGAAAUGGUACAAUUGCAAUGAUCAGAUACGUUGGAUUAAAACCGUGCCUUUCCUUUCUUGCUACUUCCGCAAUCCGGCCGGUGCAAGCUCUCAAAAUAUACUCAAUGGCAUCAAUAACCAUCAAUUCAUCUAUUACUAUAGGAACAUCAAUUUCUCAGUCAAUGACUUCCAGCCACAGAACAGAUAUCUAGAAUUAGAUGGCUUAUACGUGGAGACUGCAUGGUGUCCUAGAAAAUGUCUCUAUGUAUUUCUAGGUGUCCUCUUUUCUGUAGUAACCGGAGGAAAACUUUUCUGGGGCAGCUGGGAGGUAACCUUCAGUGCUGGAAGCUUCAUCGUCGCUUUGCCGAUGUUAGUAUUGACGGUACUUAGUUACUAUGAUGUCUGAUGGAUAGAGAAAGUGACCAAAGAAAGAGUGUAAAAAUUUACUGUUUAGCUUUUC